AUGGUAAAUCAAAUAGAAGGCGAGGCUGAGCUUAAAGUAAAAGUCCACUAUGAUGAUAUGAAACGUGUAACCACUCGUCGUCAAAAGUACUUUUAUCACCCAAUAGAGGGAACUCCUUUCUCUCUUGGGCUUGUUCUGCCAGAUGGUUAUGGCCUUUAUGAAGUAUUGGCGGAACAAGAAAUUAAGCUCAGCCACGUAAAUGUUACAGAAUAUUUCAAAGGAGAGAAUUGGAGAGUUCACCCAGAAUGGGUGUACUGUGAGUAUAACUAUGCUGGAGAACACAAAUUUACUUCUCCUGAAGACCAGGUGCUCCAUUUUUUAUCCAGGACAAGGCGUCCUGGGUGGAAAUGGAUGUCCCUACGUCCCCGUUCUCUGACUCAUCUUCAUGAUCCAGAACAAAGCGGCACUAAGAAAAUGGAAAAGGACUCUUAUUACUGUGACAAAAGUCUUGUACAGUCUCUUGUUUUUGAUGCAAUGGUAACUGAAGGAUUAGAUAAGUCUGAUACUUCAAACAUAAAAGAAGAUAAACAGCAAGGAUACCACAUGUUCGGUGUUACAUUAUCAUUUAUUGCAACAAGAAGUGGACUUCUCCGUUGGAAAGAUCAUACAAAUAAUCCUCAAAAUGCAGCGUCUUUUGCUGAUUCAAAUCGGCGUGCAAUGGAUGAAGUUUGGUAUAAAAGGGCAGUUGACCAACACACUAUUGAGCCUGAAAGCUUUGUAUUUUCGGUUCCGUUUAAUGCUGGUUCAAAUGGAAAAGUACUUGUGACAGCAACACAUGCUUUAUUUUUGGAAUAUAAAGGACAUAAGGCCCCUGCAGCUGUUGUCGGGUUACAGUUUCAGCACUCAACAUUAGCAGCCCAUUUCAUUAAUGUUACUUCUGCAUGCACUGGAAAUCCAGAUUGUAAGAAAACUUGUGCAGGAAAAGAAUUAGACUGUUAUGUCCUGGAUAACAAUGGAUUUAUUAUUCUAUCAGAAAAACCUGAACAUACAGGGCAGUUUUUUGGUCAAGCUGAUGGAACAAUAAUGGAUUCUUUAGUUCAGGAUGGAAUAUACAAGAAAAUUCAAAUUACAGACCAUCAAGGAGCUUGUACAGACUCCAAAUCUCAUUACAGUGAUGCUUCGCAGAGAUCAAUGCCUUGGAUGUCUUUUAAAUGGUUAGUAAAAUGGAUGAUUGCUAAACUGUUCUGGCUGUCAUCACAGAUAUAUAUUUUUCCAGCAAUGCAAAAUCAUUAUACUUUUGCUCAGGAAGAUUUAGAGGGACCUAUAUCUUAUGCAGAAUAUGAUGCUGGAAAUUCUGAAUAUGGUCCUGGUAUUGACAUGGACACAGUUGCAUCCUAUCCUGUAGAUAAGGCUCAAGGGAACGAUGAAGGGCUUGAAGAAGUACCUCCUCUUCAAGCUCCAGAACCCCCAAUGUCUCCACCAAAACAAAAUCAAAAUCGAACACAAUAUGCUAGACCAUGUGUAAAGAAAGUUGAUCUCUAUGUAUUACAACCAGGAAGGCUAAACAACAGUGGGAUGAAUAAUCCUUUAAAGGGGAAGUUGACUAACUGCCAUGUAACAGGGUGUGAAAGGCCAUUCAGUGUGCAAAAAAUUCCUCACAGCAAUCUUAUUUUACUUGUUGUUGACACCCUUUGCCCAUGUGGCAGCAAGCAGCUUAGUAUUACACCUCAGGAAAUGGAACCAGAAGGUGGAGACAACCAUUGUAAUAGUGAACCUAAUUUUCAUAGGCGGAGGCCAUCAAAAUGUAUCAAUUAUCACCCUGAGGAAACUGAAAUAAAACAUUGUGGGAGUGGAAACCUAAUGCAGUGUUCAGUCAUCUUGCUCCUUCUCUCACUUCUCAAUCUGCGAUAUACAUGA